UACAUGCAAUAGUCACGUACGUAUAUCUAUGCAUCAAGCAGGCAACAGCCGUCGUAAUUAAAUUGUUGCUACACCACCGGGCACAACAACUGCAGGGAACCUGAUCGUUACAGGUCUUGAUUUUAAUUGAUAUUUCUGGAUUGGAUGAGCGGUUUAAUAAGGUGAAGCAGUCCUAGUAACAUCAACAGCAAUGGGAGAGAGAAGCGGAGGCCAUCUGUCCAGCCAUAAAGGCAAAUACUUUGACCUCAAGGUCAAACUAUUUACCGGUGAGACGUUUCCUGUUAGAGAUGUCUACAAUGAGAUGAAGGUGAGGGCUCUGAAAGCCAGGAUGGAGUUUGUGACAGGCAUUCCCAGCCAUCUACAGAGACUGACCUACUUAGAUGGAGCUGACAUGAUGGAUGAUAGUGACAUCAAGCAUCAUGACAUUGUUCCUGGGGCAACUAUUAACCUGGAUGUGUGGUAUACAUGGAAGACGCUCAUACAAGCAGCUGCAGAUGGCGACACUAGCAGACUCCUGAAGCUCGGUGUAAGCAAAGACAGCAACUACACCACUCCCAGCUCCCAAGAGAUGAAUGAACGGUCCAAGGCAGUAUGGCUUGCAGAGAGGGCGUUUGUUGCCCUCAGUAUCGCUGCACACAGAGGCCAUGUGGCUCUUGUACAAAAACUCAUUGAUGGAGGGGCCAGUGUGUAUGACAAAACUCCCAAGGGCCGGACAGCCCUCCACAUCACAGCAGCACAGGGCAAGAACAACGCCGUGGAGGUGCUGCUGAAUAAUGGCGCCACCAUCGAAGACCCGGACAACGAUGGCAAGAACCCGCUUGUCCUGGCCGGCCUGUGGGGCCACAAGUCCUGCGAGCGGCAAAUCUUCCUCUUCCAGUGGCAGCAGAGAGCCGCCAAGCAGAGACCCAUCAACAACGACGGCCAGCUGCUGGCCCAUCAGAUGUACGACUCCAAGCUAAAGACCUGGCUGACGGGAGAGCAGGCUCAGGUCUACUACGCCCAGAUCCUACCCCCAGGGGAGUACUCCGGGACCGGGAUAGAUGCCCCGAGGAGAACCAAGAGACCCAGCUCAGCCCCGCCCUCAGAACGCACAGAGGCAUCCCAGAGAGACAAGAAAACAUUGGAAGGAAACAAAGCAACUCAGGUAUCCAUUGGGACUGAGUCGCUACGAGCUUUGAGAUCGCCAGAAGCUAGGAAGCCGUCGGCCAAAGGAAGAUACUCUAGCCCUCUCCAAGAAGCCAAAUCCAAGGCCUCAGGGGACAAGAAGUCCUACGACGAUUGGCUUGCCCAGAAGAAGGCCAAAGAGCGCCAUCAGGCAGAGAACAAGCGCAAAGUCAUCCAACAACAGAAGAUCAAAGUGGAGGACGAACAACGGGCCGUCCAGGAGAAAGAAAAGUCCUACGAGACAUGGCUCAAGGAGCAGAAAGCCGAGCAGAAGGCCGCUGCCAAGGGCCGGGCAAAAACGGUGGCAGCUGCGGGAUCACAGAGCAAGUCUCCCGAGAGGGGCCUGGCCACUCCGGAUGAGAAGGCGUUUGACUUGAUGAAGAUCAGGAAAGAGAUGGAUAUCUUACACCCUGUGGAGGUGCAGCACUGAAGUGAAAGUCAAGUUUCAGAGCAGGAGGCUCUGCCAUGGUAGAGAAACCAGUUGUGCAGUAUUGCAAAGUAUGUCUCCCAGUAAAGGUCAAAGCUGGUCACACUGGACGGGGGGGUUUAUGAAGAGAAGGAGGAGAUGGUCUGGGAAAGAGAUUUGAUAAACAGUACUAACAAGCAAAACUUGUACCCUUGCCCCAUCCAGGAUACUUCAGUAUUUGCAGUGAGAAAACGUCCCAUACUUUAACCUUAUGGACGUUGCAACAAGGGUGAGCCUCGAUCCAUGCACUCAAAGAAAUGCCAAUAAGCAAAUGAGCGGUUCUCUUUUUUAGUGCACACUCCAUUUGGAGGCUUUGCUAAUCAACUUUUGUACAAUGUGUUUUCCAUUGCAUUCCAUGUGUCUGACCGACUAGCCAAAAAUUUCACUCAGGGAAAAAGGGUUAGUGUAGCACCAUGUGUAGCUCCAUGGUAGCAGCAUGGGAAGUCUUUGUUGCAUGAUGUUUCCAAUAAGUGUUUAAACUUUCAGAAAAUCCAAUGUGAACUGAAUACAUGUAAAAUGUGGUUGUUUGUAAUAGGUCUCGUUCACAUGACGUCAUUUCCUACAGACCUGCCACGUGCGUCGGCAUUUUGAGCGUCAACUUGCAUAACGCGCAUCGGCUGCAUUGUAUUUCGAGCAACAAGCGCGCGUGUUUGGAACAUUUACAACACUGCGCAGUGCGUGCUUGAUUGCGUAAAAUACGCAGUUGCAGUUCUCCUACAGAGAUGGCCGUCAUUGAACAAGCCCUAUACAUGUAGGCACUGAAUGUUUUUCUGUGUUAGCUUAGGCACAAUGGCACUUUUUCUGUAAACAUGUUGUAAAGGCUCUUGAUUAAAAACGCUUGGGUUUAACCCAGUUUAUGGUUUAGUCAAAAGAUACCAAAGCAGCAUUAAACUGAAAGAAAUCUGUUUCACGA